AUGGCACAACAGUCAUUCUCACACUGCAGCAGCAAGAUGGCAGAAUUCUCACCAGAACAGAUACAACUGUUCAAAAAACAUUUCAAUGAGUUUACCAUCAGUGAACAUGGAUGCGUCACAAUCAAAGAAGUUGGAAUGGUGCUGAUAGUGCUGGGAGAGUAUAUCUCCAGUUACACAAUCCUAGACAUGAUGAAGGAGAUGGGCUUGGAUGAAAACAGCUUCAUCAAAUUCAAUGAUUUUCUUGAGAUUUAUAAGAAAGUUCUGGAAGAAAAAAAGAAGUCGAAAUUGAAAACGCAAGCUGAGAGAGCCAAGAAACUCACUGAAGAGCCGUCAGCUGAAAGGACCCAGUCCUGCAAGACGGCAGGAUUGUCACAAGAACAUAUUGAACAUGUCAGAAAACAAUUUAAUCUGUAUGGUGAUUAUGGAAAUGGACGUAUCACGUACAUAGACAUUGGUUUACUGAUGAUGGACCUGAACGAGGAGCAUUUUGUAACUAGCUACGAGGUUCAAGAUAUGAUAAAAAUGAUGGGCCUGGUUGUAGAUGGUACCUUCGAUUUCGAAGAGUUUCUUGAGAUGUACAAGACAGUACAGGAGAAAAAACUAGCGAAGCAAACCAAGGAGGGCAAGAAACUUGCUCUCAUGAAAGGUGCUAAAAAGCCAUCGGCUAAAGGCACCCAGAUGGAAGAAUUCUCACCAGCACAAAUAGAAGAGAUCAGACCAUACUUCGAUGAGUAUGAUGCUGAAGGAAACGGACGUAUCACGUUCAGAGAAAUUGGCAUGUUGAUGUCAUCACUGGAGGUUCUUGUACCAGCCUUCAAGAUUAAAGAAAUGAUAAAAGAGAUGGACCUGGAGGAAAACGGAACCUUCGAAUUUCGCGACUUUCUUGCGAUGUACUGGAAAAUACUGGAUAGCAAAUUUAAGUUCGAACUUCAAUUGGAGGCUGAGAAACCCAUGGAAUUAAAAGCUUAUACAGGUAUAUUAGCGUUAACCUCUGAUUUUAAAAGUAAGAAGAUGCAAUUAAGCGUUGAAGUAUGA